AGGGCUGGGCCGCGGGAAGCGCUGGGCUGGAGGCCGUGGGGCUGUGGCUGCGGGAGGCUGGAGGGAGGCCCCUCGGUGGUGACCAAAACCCGCGAGGAGGCGUCAGGGCCGCGGCUCUUUCGGCAGUUCUCUCGUCCUUACGGUGUGCAGUUCCCGUUCCAGCUGUGAGAGCUGGGCCGUGCGCUCGGCGUUCGUACGAGAGCCUCCCGGCCUGGCGCUGCUCCUCAGCUUUCCGUGAGGGUGUGUAGGAGAAGGAGGCAAAUGGUAACCUUUACCUGGGGCGGCAGGACUGGACUCUCUCUCUUGUGUGCCACCUGAGCUUUCCAUCGUUUUGUGCCUGCUCAGCUGCAAUUAUAAGCAAAGGACAAAUAAGUGCAUUUCCAGCCUCAAGCCAAUGUGAUGGGACCAAGCAAGCCAGCUGUGUCUGAUGGUCCGUUUGCAUUCACUAGCCACCUGCACAGGAAUGAAGCAAAGGCUUUGCAGACACAGUUGCAGUUCAAUAGAAACGUCCCUGCAGCUCCAGAGAACUUGGCUCUCAGAUUCUCAAAACCCCCUCCAAUUAUAAUAGAAAAACUGAAAGCAUCCCAUGGGCAGAGAAACCUGAGUGGGACUAAAGAGCCCAGCAUAAGGAGCUCGAGCAUGUUUUCAGUGGUAUCUGAGGAGAGGCUGAAAUUGGCUGUUCAGCUAGCCAAAAGGGACAUAAAACGAAGACAUCUCGAAGAGCAGGUGAAACAGCAAGUUUUUGGAGGGGCAGUCAACAAAUCAUUGUUGGCCCAGAAGUUACAACAGCAGAAGAGUGAAGCAUUUGAAAAUCCAGAAAGUAAAAAUGCUCUGAAGUCUCAACCUUGCAUGAAAUACCAGCAGAAGCUCAGUCAGCCUUCCAAAGUGGAGACAACCAGCUCUGGAGCUAAGGUUUACCUCUACACACCGAAUGGAGGAAAGCUAAUACCAGCUGCUUUGGAUUCUUCACCCACCCAUGACACAAAGCAGGACCCCAAGCCAAACAGAAACAGACAAGAAGACAAAAAUAUGCAGGAAGUCCGACAGCUACAUAAGGAAUUGAGGAGCUAUGUCCAGAAAAUUGAAGAACUGACCAAAAAAGGGAGAGAGAGAGAAAUCCUAGAUCCUGAUGAAGAGCAACGGGUUUGUGCUAGAAGAGAGAAGCAAGCUGCACGAUCAGCACGGAUGCUCUAUGUUCUCCAGCAGCAGGUAAAAGAAAUUCAGGAUGAUUUAGAGAAACUGAGUGCUCAUAAAAUCAAACAUACUAAAAAGUCUCGAGCAGUCUCCAGGUUGGCAGCAGCACACAGAGGAGCCGUAAGAGCCUUGCACAGCUUUGCCAAUCACUUUGCAGACCAAGCAGAGCAGCAGGUUCCUGCCCACUACAGGGAGCUGGGCAGUCUCAUUCGACAGCUGUCUCUUUGUUCUGCCAAACUGGAAGGGGAUUCUUCCAUUUCUGAUAUCAUCAUAGAUAUUUUGCUUCAAGUUGAGGAUCUGGAGUCACUGCUGGAGAAGAAACAAACACCCAAAAAGGUGAAGAAAUGUAUUGCAGCAUCUCAGGGCAAAUCUCCAAGUAACACUGAGACGUUGCCAGACAGAAAGCAGCCUCCAUCUCCAAAAGCAGAACACAAACCUCUCACCUUAAAGGGACAGCAAAGACAAGAGCCUAGAAAACCUGCAGCUGCCAGGAGUCUCUUGCCUGCAGUUCAGAAGUCAAACAGUUGUGCUCAUGUGUUGCACAAUGAAUUCCCAGAAGGAAAGGACCCCCCUACUCCAGAGAGCAAAGGACCCCCCUGCUCCACUUUACCAGGAAGCAAAGAUGCAUUGGUGAGAGCUGGAAAAAGGGACCCUAGCCUUGAUGGUGGCCCUUUGAAGAAGAAAGGGAUGUCCUCAUCUGCUAAGUCACAGGGAGUGCUGAAGGCUCUGAAGUCUCCUCAGCCACGGCGGGCACAGCCUCGCGGGAGGCAGGCGCGGUUCCAGGAGCCCACCAUAGCCUUCCAGCUGAAGGAGACCCAGCGGCCUGCUAAGGAGAGCAGAGUGCCCUGUGUGCCCCCACGCCCUGCACCUCCACCCGUGGCACCCCAGAGGUCACAAAAUGCUUCCCCAGCCAAGUGUGCAGACAAAGUUGGGAUGGCAGCACAGGACCACUUAGAACCUCCAGCAGACAGGACACAGCAGGUCACAGCAAAUGCAGAUGUUCUGAGUGAAAAGCUCUUGGAUGGUCUUUUGGAAGGUACUGCUGAGGAGCUGUGGAGUACAGAGGAGCCUGAGAGACUCCAGACCGAGGCUCUGCCUGUUGCUGAUGCUCACAAUCUGGAGGCAAUGUUGCAAAGAGUGGAAGAAAUUGAAAGCUACCAGGAGGCUGUGCGCAGGAGGUUCACCCGCAUCGUCUACAGCGAUCUGCAGGCCUGGGACCAGGGGGACCAAACAGAACAACAGAUGGCAUCAAUGGCUAAAAGACCUGCAUCUCCUCAUCCAAUUCAGCUAACCAAAUUAAAUGGACACACAGAGCCAGCAAUGGACAUUUUGUUGGGGAAGCCUUUUGAUGGCAAUGAUAUUGAUGAAAACAAAGAAGCAGAGGAGAACCUGCAGACUGGAAAUGAGAUUUUUCAGCCCAGGACUCGGAAUUCCCUGCAGGAAGAGUGCUGUGUGGCUCUCUCUGUGCCCAAGGCCAUGCUCCAGAGCAUCUCUGACUACAAUAGCAGAUACAAGCAACACUUGAAACUUAUUUGCCACGAGGCUGUUGGGAGUUUUGAUCCAUGGCAGAUUGCUGAGAGUCUUGCAGAGCAGCUGACAGAGGAAGCCCUCUGUGACGUGGCAGCAGAGCUGCAGGAUGUUUGUGAGGAUUAUGCAGAAGCUGUGUUCACGUCAGAGUUCUUGCAGCCAGCACAGUAAACGCUUUCACACCUGCCCCAUGAUCAAAUGCUCCUGGCUUGUCCUCCUCCUGGGGCAGCUCUGCUCCUUCCUGACAGCACUCAGCCUGAGAGCCUCAGCAGAUGAUCUCAUUUUCCAUGCUUUUUUAAAGUCUGUGAGAUUCUGCCCACCAAAUGGAUUUGGACCAUCAGCCCUUCAUAAAGCACUGUCAGAGUGAUUUCCAUCUCAGACUUUAUUGUACUGUAUUCAUCAGGACUUUUCAUCAGUUGAUACAAGCAAGGUUUCUGUAUUUUGUUAGGAAUACUCCUCCACUUGUAUACUUCACUCAUUUUUUGAUGUGUGAUCUUCCUCCCAGAGCAAAAUACUGGGAGGAUGACUGGGUUCAAGCAGUGCCAUGGACUUAGCUGUACUGAAUCUUGAUUUUCUGCUUUAAAUUUGAGAGAAUCUGCCCUACCUACCUCAUAAGGGAGCUGUGAGUUUUAUUUUGUUCUCUCAGUAAAGCUCAUUGAACGUAGCUGAUAGUUGUGUCAGGAGAAUGAAGCAUUAUUGGUAUUUCUAAAGCCAAGAGGGAACAGUCCAGAUAAAAGCUCUUUGGUUUGCUGUUUAGGGCUUUCAGUGUCUGGUAAGAAAGAUGUUGUCUGACCACUGUGCUUAGCAUAUGUGCUAGGAGUAGCUCUUCUGGAGGUGUGGCUGUCUAAGGAUCUUCAUGGCACAGCAUUAAACAGAUGAAAACACUUAGCGUUGGCUCUACUCAGGGGCCAACAGCCUGCUUGGACUGCUGCCACCAACCUGUGAGUGGAGCUCCUCUUCUCUUGGUGUCUGAGUAUCAGCAGUACAUCCUGCACAGCAAAUCAAACCUUGCAGCAGAAGCACAGCAUGGAGAUUUGCUUCUUUUUUUUCCCCUUCCACAAGUCUACUCCAUUUUUAUCAGCAUUUACUGAUCCAACUUCACAUUCCUCACUCUUUAAGACUCCUGUUUUAAUCAAGAAUGCCAAAAGAAAUGCAUAAGUGGCAUUGCUGCAAGACUAAAUGAGCAGGUUUGGUUCCAGUAAUCAAUGUACUAGUUUGGGUUAUGUCUGAGGUGAGCAAUGAGGAAUAACUAUUUAUGGUAAUGUUCCAAGGAAAUGUGAAUUCAGCUCUGAAGGUAACCCAAAGCCCAGUCUUACAGCCUAUUUCCCUGGACAGAUUUCUUUUCUCUGAUAAUGCUCAACCUAGAAUCAUUUUUAACCUGGAAUGAGUUUUAUUUCCUCUAAUUAGAACAUGCAUUAUAAAAGAAUAAUCCUUUUGCUUUUUGCUCCAAAUGUAAGAGUGGAAAUGUUCCUGCUGAUGUGUGAUUUCUGUCAUUUAAAACACUCUCUUUUUUUACUUCUAAGUUAAUAGAGAUAAGUCCAAGAGGUUAAAGAUUAAAGCCACACUGUCCAAAAAGUUUCUUAAGGCCAAAAGGUAAGUCCAAAAGAUGAAGGCCAUGGUGCCUCUCUGCAGGUGUUUGGAUGCUUGGGAAAGUAUUUUCAUGCUGUUUUUUAAUAAACAAUAUUUGUAGCACUGA